CCCAUCAACCAUCUCGACGCACUUCCACAUGGCCUCGCUCCAGAUAACGGCCCAACGGCUCUCUGGUUCGCCCGAAGAACCCAGCCGCGGAAACGGCUUCUCUUCCAUAUACCCCCAAAUCAGCGUUGCGAUAUGUCGUCACUCGUAUAAAAGCCCGCUCGCAAUCUACUGGCCUGUCCCAGCUGCCUGUGUCGCCUCAUCUGCUCUAGCUGUCCACGAAUCGCCAUGUUGUCCUCUGCUAUUCUGUUCUCCCUCCUCGCUCCUGCCCUCGCGUCCUCCCUCGACGCCAAAUGGCUCUCCAAGCGUAUCAGCUCUGGCUGCGCCACUGACGGUGCUGCUUCAUGCUCGAACUCGACGACUGACGGCACCUGCUGUUACGAGGCACCUGGUGGUCUCAUCCUCCAGACCCAGUUCUGGGACACCGACGUGUCCGGUAGCCCUUCUGACUCGUGGACCAUCCACGGUCUCUGGCCCGACAACUGCGACGGCACCUACCAGGAGAACUGCGACUCGUCUCGCGACUACAAGAACAUCGGUGACCUCCUGUCUGCCCAGGGCGCCAGUGACACGCUGGACUACAUGAACCAGUACUGGCUCAACGACGAUGGCUCCAGCGAGGAGCUCUGGGAGCACGAGUGGGCCACGCACGGCACGUGCUACAGCACCCUCGACCCGUCCUGCCUACCCUCCGGCUCUCCCACGGGCGCUGAGGCCGUCGCUUUCUUCGAGACGACCGUGAAGCUGUUCAAGACGCUCACGACGUACGACUGGCUUUCGCAGGCCAACAUCACGCCCGACGACAGCCAGACCUACGAGCUCUCGGACAUCAUCGACGCGCUCAAGCAGGGCUCCGGUGGCUACACCCCUGCUGUUGGCUGCAGCAGCGGUGCUCUGAACAGCAUCAGCUGGUACUUCAACCUCAAGGGCUCGAUCAUCGACGGUGACUUUGUCGCCAUCGACGCGACCGACGACUCGACGUGCUCCAGCAGUGGUAUCAAGUACCCGCCCAAGAACAGCUAAGUGGGCGAACGGUCGCGGGCGCGGGCGUACACGAAAAACAUACGAAGUGCACUGGCAAUGUGAAGAAUCCCGUGGUGCGGAUUUGUAUGUUGUACGGUCAUAGUUACGCAACGUCAAUACGAAUACUACGAAUUUUC